GCCUUCAUAACAUGAUAACAUUUCAUCAAAAUCGAGAAAGCUGUAUCCCUUUUUUGAUUCUGGAACUUUGUCUUUCUAUGUAAUUAUUUGUUGAUUCCUUCUCAAAUCGGUAAACACGGACGUUAACAAGUAUCCGAAAAGACAGAUUUUUGACCGCUCCCUUUAUAUGAAUGCUUCGAACGGUUCCCUCUGUAUGAAUGCUUCCAACGGUUUUGGAGCAAGCUGACGCAGAUGCCUGGCGAUCGUCCCAGUCGUUCACAGAAGGCCACUAACGUUCAUCCUGAGGGUACCCAUGGCCAAGAACCUCCGAUGACGAGAAAGAAGACUGAGGAAAGCGGGAACGCGGCGCCGUACGAGAUGCGCAAUACUCGUGGACGCCAGGCCGGACGGAAACCCGUGCAGGAUGUGAAGAAGACGGAUAAAACAGCGGAAACUCUCUCGACAUCUGAACAGACUGUCUCAUCCAGUUCACCUCAAGCUACCGUUGAACAGUUGCGCACGGCACAAAUGUUUCAGAACUCCUCCGGGAAGGAUCUCGCACUUCAAGAGAAAGCGCAGCAGGUCAUGCAGCUGACAGGAUGUUCUUCAGACGAUGCCAUUAUUGCGCUUCACGAUACGGGUAAUGAUACGGAAGCGGCAGUGAAUCUUUUGUUAGAAGGAGAACUAAAGAGCAAAUGGGAAACCACGGGGGGAAAACGUAAAACAGUGUCAAAAGCGAAGAAAGACCAGGAAACGGAAAAGCGAUCCAGCGUACCUUUCGGAAUGGCAAGGGGACCGGAUCGUAUGCAGCUGCGAAGUACCAGUAAUCAGAGCGGAAAAGUCAGUGUACAUACCAUGCAGAAACCCGGAUUAAUUCCACAAGAUGCGCACCAGAAUUCCUCGAACGGAGCGCCGCUUAGUCAGUCUCAGCAGCCGCCAAAUCGCGAUCGGCCAGCAUCUCCUGUUAAUAAAUCCGUGUCGGAAUCCCGUGUUAAGGGCGACGGAGAUCCAUCAAAAGGAAGAAGCGCAGAACAUUCAUGGGAAGACACGAUUGAUGAUCGGAAAGAAGAUACUCGAGAGACAAAAAUGUGCACAAGAAGCUCAGCGCCUUCGGGACCGCCACAGCCAUUUGGAGGUGCAAAUCCUGCGACAAAACAAACAGCAUCCACGGCAACUAUGUCGGGUCUCACGUUUUCGGCGAUACAAACAGCGUGGACCGGGCGAGGAGGAGAACAUUCAUGGGAAGACACAGAUGAUGAAUGGGAAGAAGAUAUUCGAGAGACAAUAGUGUUUACAAGAAGCUCAGCGCCUUCGGGACCACCGCAGCCAUUUGGAGGUGCCAGUCCUGCGGUACAACAGACAGCAUCCACGGCAACUACGUCGGAUCCCACAUUUUCCGCGAUGGUACAGAAACAAACAGCGUGGACCGGUAAUAAUUCAUCCUUCGCUAGCACACCUCCGCGUCCCGCUGCUGAAUACUCGGAACGGAGAAUCAAUGCUGUCGCAGCCGGUAGUCCAGCCGCAGCUAAGGGUAGCACAGUGCGACCAGGAAAUCCGUCGCAUACGCAGUCGGCAUCCGGAUUGCCCAGUUCUAGUCUCCUUACUGAUGGAAAGAGCGAUGUGUCGCAGAUCAAUUCCCAGUUAGGAAGUCUCACUUUAAGCCGUUCUUUACCGCCUCUUGAAAAUUCGGCGAAUCAGUUUGCCAGUCCGUCCCAAAGUCGGGCGUUUUCCUCCAUGAAUACGUUUGCGAAUGCUUCUAGUGAUAGUGCAGUACCCAGAAAUAAUUCAGCAUGUGUCGCCAGUUGUCACAUUGUGCAUGAUGACAUGCAGCUGCCGAGCGGAUCUCGCGGUCGGUAUUGGGAUAAUACUGGAAGUGUUUUUGAUGGACCAAAAGGGGAUUCAUCAAGCGGAUCACCAGAAAAAGCAUGCGCAAACAGUUGGAAAUACAAGGACGAUCCCGUGGACAGGAAUAAAGUUGAGUCUUUAAAGAUUGAAAAUGCGACGGACUGGGGGGAAAUCCCAGCAUUUUUAGCCGACUUAGCGAAGUUGCGUCCAACUUCCAGUGGUUCCAACCUCUUCCUUUUCAAACGUAAUGAGUACAAGAUUUUGUGGAGAGAAUUAUCAGAAAUCCUCAACAAAUCCUCUAAUCACAACCACACGUAUUUCAUCCUCGGUCCUCCCGGAGCCGGGAAAACGAACACAACUUUCGGGUUUGCAAUCUGUACUGCACUGGACGGUCGUUUUAGAGUCCGAUGGAUCCGAUUGCCUGGAAAAUAUACUGGAAUUUGUAUUGACUUUCAUAUAGUCGGAGCGCGUCUUCAGAUUAAGUCUUUGGAAUUUGAGGUUCUGGAUGUUGAGACCGCCAAAAAAUUGAUCGACGAAGUAGACACCAAUGAAUCAUGCGUUAUCGUAAUUGACGGAUACACCCAAACAGGAUUUGACGAAAAUGUUCGCAGAAGAUUCGAUUGGUGGAGAACGGCCGAAGAAACCCGUCCAAAGCGCAGAUUGUUGUAUGUAUCCUCCUUUCAUGUGUUUUUGACCAAAAUUCAACACGGUGACUACGGAGUCUUACGGCAUUGUUCGUGGGAAUUGCUUGACUUGGAGUACGCCAUCGAGUGUGAUAAUUUUUUUUCCUCUGUCAAAAUCACAUUGUGGAAUGACUACCGAAAUUAUGUGGAUCCUCGCUGCGAUGAACAGGACUUCACGAAAGAAAAAGCAAAAGAUAUGAUCCGGGUAAAGUUUGACCGUGUCGGGAUGUCGGUGCGCAAUAUAUUUUUUGUAUCACUCGAAACGGUGGAGCAAGAUUUAGGCAUUUCUUUGAUGUCUUUGUCCCGGGGCGAACACGUGAAUGGCCUUGACGUCGUUAUGCUUUCUACCUUAAGCAGGUUGAUCGGUUUGCAACGCAUUGGCAAAGAAGCCGUCCCGUGUUAUAUUAGUGCUUAUGUUGAGAACCAGUUGAAGAAAGAUGUGUUUCCCGAUGUCGUCCAGAAAGCUUGCAAUUUGUCACUGUUACAGGAUUGCACAGUAGUUGGAAUCUAUUUCGAGUGGUUUGUGAUAGCUACAAUCCGUCACGGAACACACACCGGAGGGCCUGUGUACGCCAAUUACUUCGAUAUUGAACACUCUACGACUGCGGAAAUCCUGCGGCUUGAAUGCGCACGAGACGUAUUUUACUUUGAAUAUGGUAAUGGAAAUACCGCAUUUUCGGACGCUAAGGAGCGUAGGCGAAAUUGCUGGAUGAUUCCGGUAUCUGCGUACCAUCCAGCGUUUGACGCUGCGUUUCUGGACGUAGAAAGCAAUGAAGUUCAGUUUUUCCAAAUUACGACCGCUAAGGAAAAGAAAGCAUUUGAUAUGGAUCAUCUGUUUACAUUUGUACGCUAUGUAUGCAACGCGGAGAUUUUCGGUGUAGAGGAGUCAAAAGGGCGCAAGAACCGCAAAAGCGGUGAGCUGGUCGGCCGAGGAGCGAGUAGUGUGCGAUUUAUUUAUUUGGUCCCCAAUCGACACCUUUUAUCAUGCCCUCCAGUCGCAUCAAGCGCUGAGAAAGGAUCAUUCGGUUGGCCGGAAAAACUGAAUAAUCUGCCAACUCCCGUUUAUUAUAUGUUAUCUUGGCAUUAAGCAGAGCGUUUUCAGGUCAGUGCGGCUUGAGAUUAUUAGAAAGAUGGUUGUGAAGUCGACAGGGACCAAGAAUUGUUGCGGGGACUAGAUUCCGAUUCCUUUACUGUAUUGUUGGUUGUCAUAUAUUUUGUUUUCCUACUGGUAAUUUUUGUUUUCAAGCCUUUGAGAAUGUUUUAGCUUUUAUGAAUAUAUUUUGAUUGAAUAUUUGUUGUACUUGUACUACUGUACCUCUUUUUUUGGUAACAGCAAUAUUAUGAUUAUCUGUAUCUGGUAAUAUCGAAGUCUUUGUUAAAUUUCUCGGAUACGUACGUCAUGCGAAUGUGAAACAUAUGGAGGGGACGAUGAACAUACAGUCUGUUACAUACUGCACU